AUGACUACGGCUCUACGCCGGCGCGAUUCCUCGUCGUUAACGGCGUCCUCCUACGGCGGGCGGCGCCGUCCCCUCCGUCUCCGUCUCCUCGAGUCCACCCCCGGUGUUUAUACCACCACCCGAACCCUCGCCGACGCAACCCUAGUCCUGUUCUGGGACCGCCACCUCCGCCGCCUCGCCCACUCGGCGCGCGUCCUCGCCGAGUCCCGCCCCGGCCUCCUCGGACCGGGCCCGCUCCGGCCCGGUUCGCUCCGCCGCGCGGUCCACGGCUCGGUGCGCGCCGGUCUAGCGGCGGCGCUGGAGGAGCGGCGGCGGACCGGGUCCACGGCCGAGGUGGCGAUCACCGCGCUCGUCCGCGGCGGCGGCGGCGGCGAGGAGGGGAACGGCGCCGACGUGUUCGUCCACCUAGGGUUUUAUUUACCGCCCGUGUUCGGCGUCGGCGGGGCUCACUUGGCGGUCGCCGGGCCCGGGAGGGUCGUCGCGGCCGCAAAGUAUUCGGAGUGGGCUCGGGUGAGGAAGGGUAUGGAGAAGAUGAGGCCACCUUUGGUGACGGAGCUACUGUUGACGAAUGAUGGGGAUCAGAUUCUUGAAGGUAGCGUCACAAACUUCUUCAUUGUACGUCGCAAGGUGGUAAGUGACGUUGCCGCUGCUCCUGAUCAUCCAAUGAUCGAAGUGCAAACAGCUCCGAUAAGUGAUGGGGUACUCCCUGGUGUUAUACGCCAGCUAGUGAUUGAGGUUUGCUGUUGCAUUGGAAUCCCUGUACGAGAGAUUGCACCGUCAUGGUCAGAACGCGAACUUUGGGAAGAGGCCUUUGUCACAAGUAGCUUAAGGCUAGUGCAGCACGUCGAGACAAUUCAAGCUCCAUUAUCAUACGAAGAUUUACGACUGAGUACUUGGAAGGACGUACUGUGGGUAAUGAAGCAAUUUGAGGGACCAGGACGCAUAACCUCACAAAUACAGAGAGAAAUAGCUGAGAGAGCAAUAGCAGAUGGUCUUGCGGUAAAAGAUCUUUUGUGAUGCUACUUUAUCUCUUUUUGGGUCAAAAGUUUGGGAUUGCUGAUUCAGUGGGGCGAAAUGUUGUUUGAAGAUGGAUUGUUUAGCUCCAUUUAGCCUACUGGUUCAGAGAUUUUAAUGCAGGAUGAAUGGGUGAGGGGAAAGACUCGAUGAUUCAUUAUGCGAUAAUUUCUUCAGAUGUUUGUAUUACUCUCAAAAUCGUAUGUAUCUUGUUGAUAUGGCGUGCUCUUAAGAGUGUUUGAUAAUGUGUUUUCAAUCCCUUGUGCAUAAAGAGAUUACGCAGGAGUUUGAAACGAAACAUAGUCCGGUUUUUGUUUUUGGAAAACAAAAACAGUGAAUCUUUCUUCCAA